GUAAACGCAGCAUAACUUAUUUCCGUACAGUCGUUAGUUACCAAUCGCAAAAUUGUUAUCCUUACUUUUUCAACUACUAAUACACCGCUGCAACAGAUUCACUUUCGACGUGUGGUAGCGACCCUGCAGGACGUGAAAUUGUCCGGAUGUAGAAUCAUUUAUGCUAUCGUGACACCUUUAUUUGGAACAGACAUUCGAUUAUUUGCCACCCGCUGAUAAGCUUUACAAACUAGUUGGUUUAGUUUACUAAAGACAGUUUUCGUUCAAGCAUUGUGAUGGAUCCAGACGACUGCGAUAUUAUUGAUAAGCUGAUUUCUCCUACUGGUGCUUUUGGCACCGGUAACCAACAGAAAGUGAUUGUCCAGCGUAAUUCCCCAGUGCUUUUCGCCGGUACACCAUUAACGAUUAACGCGACCAGUUCACUGUUGGUACCGAACUCGGUGCCACUACCAGUCGCUCCACAGCAGCUCCAAUUUACUGCUUCUUCCGCUGACGGCAUUCUGCCAAUGACAUCCACUGUUGGUGGAGUGGAAUCUGCAUCGGUGAUUGUGCUGAAUAAGGACACCACUUUCUCAUCCGGUGCCAUGCCGGUCAACAUAUUGACGAACGAUCCAACUACUCAGCAGCAAUUUAUUCAUGCUUCCAAUGUGCAGAAAGUGGUCGUCGCUUCUAAUCCUGGAACAAGUGGCAUAAACUCUCACGGUGGCGUCCAAAUCGUCGCAGCAGGGGCAAUGAAAACUCUUCAGCAAAAGAUGCAAACACCUGGUUUCAAGCUUCAAAUUGGCAGCACAAAUAUAAUGUCCUUGCAGCAGAAAAUGAUUACUCCGCAACAAGCGGUUCCUUCCGCUAUGACAAUGAUUCAGCCCAAUACGAUACCAAUUUCAAGUGCAGCUGAACUAAAGCGAUUGCCCUCUUCAAUUAAAAUUUUAAAGCCAAUCGCACCCAAACCAGCCGUUAUCGCAAACUAUACGAGCUCCGUGAUUAAGCCGGGUAAUACAGAGAGUCUCGUUCAAUCAGCUUCAACUGGACCGGCAAGCGUGUGUCAUCAUGUGCUACCCUUCGGUACCACAAUCAAAGUGACACCCGGGAACGAGCAACUCCCGAUUCCGAUUUCAAAACCUCAGCACAUUCUCCAGCAGUCACAAUUGGUUCAGUCACAUCAGCUUUCAUCUCAACAGCAGCAGCAACAACAGCUGCAACAAACCCCAAUACAUAUACAACAACAACCCCAGCAGCCGUUAUCUCCACAAGCAUCAACGCUAAUCAAAUACGUGCAGCCUGUUUCUCCGUCGCCUCUGGCUCCGUCCCAUAAUCCAGUAAUGUCACCAAACCAGAACAAACUAAUCAUCAACAAGUUUAUCAACAAGGCAGCAGACAACCAUUUGGGACCCACGCCUACAGUUGGACAACCGCGUAUAAUUCCGGCUACUCCGCCGCUGUCACCGGUGUCCCUGAAACUGAAACGGAUUAUCACUGGCCCUGGCGCCCGCAAACGGCUUCCGUCGCCGGCAAAUAUUGCCCAGCGACCGGUUACCUUACCACCACAGUCGACUCCAACUCAGAUUAUCGUGCAAACUGCUACUCCACCUCUUGCUCCGGCCCUAGCACCCAGAACUACUAUCGAGAAUAUACCCACCAUCGUGCAAGACAGUUAUCCAUCCUGUCACAGUAUUAACAUCGGCUCGAACAGUACCAUCAGCGUUAAACAAAUUCUUCACCCGAUCGCACAAAUGAGUCCAUCUCAAACGGCUCCCGUGGUACUGCCGGAAGAGGAAGAACCGGAAUCGACAAUAAUAUCCACAGAAAAUAUGCCCACGGAAGAACUUCCCGGUUCGUGCGAGCUGGAUCGGGAAUACAGAACAAUCGCCCCGAGCAACUCACAAGUGGAAGCUUCUGGGGCCGAAGUACCAUCGACCACAAUCGAACAGCUUACCGCAGGCAUUUCAUACGGUCAAGAUAAGAAGGAAGAGUCCGAGGAAGAACCGGAUGAGAUUGAGCCAAUCGAAAUGGAUUUACUGCAAAGCGUGCGAGAAUUCGAACAAGCUCAAGCCAUAGGAUCUAAUGGUAACGAAGAAGGUGAACAAAAGCAAGACGAAGAGGAAGUAACAGAAGAAGAAGAAACUGACAAAGUUGAUGAUCUCUGUAUUGAUCGAUCGGGCACACCCGAUGACGAAGAACAGAAGGACCAACUGGAAGGCAUAUGGAAUGAGCAAAUGAAGAGUCCCCGUCUGCAGAAAAGAGCCAAAUCGGAAUAUCAGCAGUUGAAAAACUCUUCUCGUUCGAGAAGGCUUUCGGAACCUGCUAAUCGAGAAGAACAGCCGCAAGACGAUGAAAUUCCGCCGAUACCAAAACCUCUGUCUGUUUCGAAGCGUUUAAGUCGCAGUACGGCGAGCAGAAAAAGUGCCUCUACAAGAUCCAUUCAGUCGUCCCUGUUAUGCAGUGAAAAGUUCGACAUGGAGUCAGAUGAAAGCCGAAGCAUCAAAACUUCGGCGUCCAGCUUGCACACUAUCAGUCCACCCAAGAAGGAAGAAACACUUUCAGAAUCUCCACCGGUAUACGAUCAGGACAAAAUACCACCAUCGGUCGAGAUUCAUAAGAAAUCACAGAAUUCAGCUAAAACGCACAAUGUCCGCGAUAAGACACGCUCCGAGUCCAGAUCGGUAGCCGACCGCGAGGAAAAGGAAGAAAAGGAUUACAUUGAGGGUGACUUUGGUUCUACUCCGUCCGAUCUAAUCAAAUGGGACGAUGGAAUCGGAUAUAUGCGUGGCAGCUACCUCCAUUUUCAAUUCAAUCAGUUUGGACUGGUGGAGCCGAUGGAAAUGAGAGAAUAUUCAAAUCACGUUAAAACAAAUAUCUAUGAGUCUGUUAAGGAGCCAUUGCCCAAGCGACCGGUUGCAGGAAAAUCUAGUCGAAACAAGCGAAAAUCGCAGCUCUCCGAUAUAACCUAUCGAUGUAGAGGUUGCCGCUGCAAGGGUAAUGCCGGUGAUUUCGCCACACCCGAAUAUUGCUCCGUUGCCUGUAUGAAGCAGAGCAAAAAUGCAGCAUUGCUGAGCAGUAUCGCCCGUUCGAAAUCGCUCCAGCGUAAGGGUCUUGGUUCAUCGGAAUCGGAAAUGUCCAACAAUACACCGCUUCCGACGAGUGACGAUGACUCUUUGAGCAGUUCGUUAAACUUCAGCCACGCUUUUAAGGACAAAACGAAUCUACCACCGAAAGAGGCUGCAGUGAAAACGUCCCAAGACGCUCCCGUCCCUGUUAGUGUGCAUCCAAGCGCACCCAAGUUUUGCUGGGAGCCCUAUCUUUCGAAAACGAAAGGCACAACGUCACCGCUGAAUCUGUUUGUCAAUCCAUAUCCGAGCGGACCGAACAAAUUCCGCACCGGAAUGAAACUGGAGGCCAUUGAUCCGGAAAACAAUUCACUGUUUUGCGUUUGCACCAUCGUCGAGGUACGUGGCUAUCGGAUGCGGUUGAGUUUCGACGGUUACUCUCAAGAUUAUGAUUUUUGGGUUAAUGCCGAUUCGCUGGAUAUCUUUCCGCCAAGCUGGUGUCGCAACACGGGACGGACCUUACAGCCUCCGAAUGGCUACGAAGGUGAAUUCCGUUGGACGGAAUACAUCACCAAAACGCAUUCGAUGGCAGCCUCCAAGUAUUUGUUUACUCAUUUGAAUUCUACGUCCAACGAGAACAAAUUUGAAAUCGGAAUGUGCUUAGAGGCGGAUGAUUUGAAAAAAUCCGGAAAGGUUUGCGUAGCUUCUGUUAGUGAUAAGAUCGAUAAUCGCAUUUUAGUUCACUUUGACGGAUGGGACGAACGGUAUGACUACUGGGUAGAUAUUCAUUCGCCAUACAUUCACUACAUAAAUUGGCACCAGGAAAAUGGUUACAAUAUUACUGCGCCCCCAGAUUGGAACAAGGGAACUUUCGAUUGGGCCAAAUAUCUUCGAAUGAAGUCUAGACGCGUUGGAAAAUCUAUAAUACCGGCUGAUAAGUCCCUCUUUGUGACGCGCCAUCCAAUUGAGUUCGAAACCGGUAUGAAGAUGGAAGUUGUCGAUCGUAAGAAUCCGAUGCUAAUUCGUCCGGCGACUGUUGUGGCCACUGACGGAUACGAAAUUAAAGUUUGUUUCGAUGGAUGGCCAAAUUUCUAUUCUUUCUGGAUCGAAGAUGACAGUUCCGAUAUUCAUCCGGUGAACUGGUGCAAAAGAACCAAUCAUCCGAUUGAGUAUCCACCUGACUAUCGACCUGCUUCAAUCAAAAGUUCCUGUGAAAUUCCCUACUGUUUGGGGCAAGGAAACGCUAAAAGCUUCAGGAAUCGCUAUCACAAGAGAUCUGUAGAGUGUCCUUACCAAACGAACAACUGGUUAUCGGAAGAUCGCAAACGGACGCGACUACCACAAGAACAAAUUGUUCGCUUUCACAACGAUCACGCUCAUCAAGAAAACCUACAGUUGGAGGGACCUUUGCCAAAAAAGAUAAAGAAGGAUCCAGACGACCUACUACCGAACAUUUCGAUACAAACGGUACCGGCAUCUAUAGCACCUGCAGCAUCACCCCCUAAAUCCAACUCUAAUGCUGACAUAGAUCCGCUGAUGAAAAUAGCCAUGCCAGCGAUUACCGAUUUCGGUCCACGCUUGCGGCAAUCCUACCAACUGUGGUUGCAUACGUCAAAAAUCCUAGACCGUUGUACCGAAGACCUGUCCGAGUUCGAUCUGAACCCACUGCGCUGGUCAGUGGACGAUGUUGCCAAAUACGUCGAGUGCUUACCAGGAUGCACCGAGAUGGGCAAACAGAUACGCGAUGAAAAAAUCGACGGUUCAGCUUUCCUGAGUUUAACGAGGGAUGACCUGGUACAGUAUCUAGAUGUAAAGCUUGGACCGGCCGUAAAAAUGUACAACCGAAUCAUACAUCUUCGGCAGGAGGUGGAAAAACACUUCGUUAAGUUUUGAAUUUACUUUCAAACAAACAACAAAGCAAAAAGCAAGGUUGUUCAUAUCAAUUGCACAUAGCAAGCAAAAAAAAAACAUCCAAAAGCGCCUGUUUCCAGGAAGGGUCAGUUAAGUAAUAAAGAUUAUUAUUCUACAGUUCAAUUUUACUUUUCAAAAUGUAAAUAAUUCGUUAAUGUUUUGCUCGAAGCAAGAGAGCAAGCAGGCAAGAUAUCGAAAACAAAAUUGAAAAUAAAAUAAUUCAACAGUAGU